AGGCGCCAGGUCCUUCCCAGUUCCCGCGAUGCUGAGGCCGCUGCGAGGGGCCGGGAGUCGUCGGGGAUAAGCCCCCGCCCCCGGAGCCGAGGGCUCGCGCUCUGCGGACCGGCAGGGCCCGCCCCACGGGAAGAAAUGAGUGGUGGAUUGGCCCCAAGUAAAAGUACAGUGUAUGUAUCCAACUUGCCCUUUUCCCUGACCAACAAUGACUUAUACCGGAUAUUUUCCAAGUAUGGCAAAGUUGUAAAGGUUACUAUGAUGAAAGAUAAAGAUACCAGGAAGAGUAAAGGUGUUGCAUUUAUUUUGUUUCUGGAUAAAGACUCUGCACAAAAUUGUACCAGGGCAAUAAACAACAAACAGUUAUUUGGUAGAGUGAUAAAAGCAAGCAUUGCUAUUGACAAUGGAAGAGCAGCUGAGUUCAUCCGAAGACGAAACUACUUUGAUAAAUCUAAGUGUUAUGAAUGUGGGGAAAGUGGACACUUAAGUUAUGCCUGUCCUAAAAAUAUGCUUGGAGAACGUGAACCUCCAAAGAAGAAAGAGAAAAAGAAAAAAAAGAAAAUUCCUGAACCAGAAGAAGAAAUUGAAGAAGUACAAGAAAGUGAAGAUGAAGGAGAAGAUCCUGCUCUUGACAGCCUCAGUCAGGCCAUAGCUUUCCAGCAAGCCAGAAUUGAAGAAGAACAAAGAAAGUGGAAACCCAGUUCAGAGAGUCCCUCAACCUCUGAUGAUUCAAGACGCCCAAGGAUAAAGAAAAGCGCAUAUUUCAGUGAUGAAGAAGAACUUAGCGAUUAAAAUUAUAUUUAUUAUGUAAAUAUUAAAAAAAUGUUUUUAAUCUUAGAGUACCAAGUUCAAUUGGGACUAAAGAUUGUUUUUUAGAAUUUGACCAUACAAAUACUUAAUG